UUUAUAAUGAGGAUCUUGAAUUGUAUUAUUCUUUUCCAGGAGAUUCUUAUAAUUAUAUUAAUUUCGAAUCUGAAGAAAUUGAAGAUAAUGAUAGCGUAACAGAAAUUCCAAGCUCCAACAUUUUAGAUAAUAAUAACAUUAUAGAAAUCCCAAAUCCUAACAUUAAUAAUAUAUCAAAGCCAAGUCAAGAAACAUUAAAAUCUACUUCAAAUCUAUCUGGCACUACAAUUUCAACUAUGAAUUCAAGAUCAACAAUAUCAGCACCAAGAACAACUAAUACAAGUAAUGCAACAUUAGCAACCAACAAUACAAGAACAAAUAGUACGACCAACAAUGCAAGAACAAACUGUACAACUAAUGAUACAA